UUGAAGUCCCUGCUCAGCUCCUCACACCUCCGAGAAAACAGCCGCAGCUCCCACCCUUCCCAACUCUCAGGAGAAGCCGCCGGCCUGAUGGUGAGGCGAACGGGCUGGGGGGGGAGCAGAGGGCAGCUGGGGCGGUGGGGAGACCUGGGGCCUGCAUCGGUGCCCCUCCUCCCCAUGCCACUGCCUCCUCUCCUGCCUCCUCCGUGCCGGGGGCCUGGGGGAGGGAGGGUCUCCGUCUUCUCUCUGUCCCCUGCCCCUCGCACGAGAAGUGUGCCUUCCUUAGUUCUUCCUCCGGCCCCGGGGCCCCCCUGCCCAGCUGUGCAGGCCUCAGGGGCUUCUCAGCCUCGACACGGUGCCCUCCCCACCCCAGCCACACCCCCAAAACAGGUAGGGCCUGUGAGGACACCCAUCUCUGCUCCCCCCUCCUGGGGUUCCCAUUCCACCCCACCCCUGGCCUCGGUGACUCCCCCUCCUGCACGACGAUGCCCCCAGGGCAGUCCUGGGCUGCGGAUGGGCCCUCUGAUCCCUGAGCAGGAUUAUGAGCGGCUGGAGGACGGUGACCCUGAGGGGUCCCAAGAUUCGCCCCUCCACGGGGAGGAGCAGCAGCCCCUGCUCCACGUGCCCGAAGGGCUCCGAGGCUCCUGGCACCACAUCCAGAACCUGGACAGCUUCUUCACCAAGCACAUCUACAGCUACCACCAGCGCAACGGCUUCGCCUGCAUCCUGCUCGAGGAUGUCUUCCAGCUGGGACAAUUCGUUUUCAUCAUCACCUUCACGACCUUCCUCCUUCGCUGCGUGGAUUACAACAUUCUCUUUGCCAACCAACCGAGUAACCGGACAAGACCUGGGCUGCCGCACAGCAAAGUGGCUCUGUCCGACGCCAUCCUGCCGUCCACCCAGUGUGCCCAGCGGAUCCGCUCCAGCCCCCUGCUGGUCUUCCUUCUGGUCCUGGCCGCAGCCUUCUGGCUGAUCCAGCUGCUUCGCUCAGUGUGCAACCUCUUCAGCUACUGGGACAUCCAGGUGUUUUACAGGGAGGCCCUGCACAUCCCCCCGGAGGAGCUCAGCUCGGUGUCCUGGGCGGAGGUGCAGUCGCGCCUCCUGGCGCUGCAGAGGAGCGGGGGACUGUGCGUGCAGCCGCGGCCGCUGACUGAGCUGGACGUGCACCACCGCAUCCUGCGCUACACCAACUACCAGGUGGCGCUGGCCAACAAGGGCCUGCUGCCCGCCCGCUGCGCGCUGCCCUGUGGGGGCAGUGUGGCCUUCCUCAGCCGCGGCCUGGCGCUCAACGUCGACCUGCUUCUCUUCCGAGGGCCCUUCUCGCUCUUCCGCGGGGGCUGGGAGCUGCCCGACGCCUACAAGCGCCAUGACCAGCGGGGCGCCCUGGCCGCGCGCUGGCGGCGCACGGUACUGCUGCUGGCCGUCGUGAACCUGGCGCUGAGCCCGCUCGUGCUGGCCUGGCAGGUGCUGCACGCCUUCUACAGCCACGUCGAGCUGCUGCGGCGAGAGCCGGGCUCGCUGGGGGCGCGCCGCUGGUCCCGCCUGGCCCGCCUGCAGCUGCGCCACUUCAACGAACUGCCGCACGAGCUGCGCGCCCGCCUGGCCCGCGCCUACCGCCCCGCCACCGCCUUCCUGCGCGCCGCGGCACCCCCCGCGCCCAUGCUCGCGCUGCUGGCCCGCCAGCUGGUCUUCUUUGCCGGCGCGCUCUUCGCCGCGCUGCUCGCCCUCACCGUCUACGACGAGGACGUGCUCGCCGUGGAGCACGUGCUCACCGCCAUGACCGCGCUCGGGGUCACGGCUACCGUGGCCAGGUCCUUCAUUCCGGAAGAGCAGAGCCAGGGCCGCUCGCCGCAGCUCCUGCUGCAGUCGGCCUUGGCCCACAUGCAUUACCUCCCGGAGCAGCCGGGUGCUGCCGGCAGGGCCAGCGCUUACCAGCAGAUGGCGCGGCUGCUGCAAUACCGAGCGGUCUCCCUCCUGGAGGAGCUGCUGUCACCUCUCUUCGCCCCGCUGUUCCUGCUCUUUUGGUUUCGCCCUCGCGCCCUGGAGAUUAUUGACUUUUUUCGCCAUUUCACUGUGGAUGUGGCCGGGGUUGGUGACAUCUGUUCCUUUGCUCUUAUGGAUGUGAAGCGCCACGGCCACCCUCAGUGGCUCUCGGCGGGACACACAGAAGCCUCGCAGUCCCAGCGCGCGGAGGACGGCAAGACUGAGCUCUCCCUGAUGAGGUUCUCCCUGGUGCACCCGCAAUGGCGCCCCCCGGGGCACAGCUCCAAGUUCCUGGGGCAGCUUCGGGGCCGGGUGCAACAGGAUGCAGCCACUUUGGGUGCCGCCUCGGUUCGCAGCCCCCCCACCUCCAGGGUGCUCAGCGACUCUUCCUCCCCUCUGCCCGAGACCUUCCUGGCCAACCUCCUGGUGCACCCCCUCCUGCCCCCGAGGGACCUGAGCCCCACAGCCCCCUGCCCAGCAGCUGCCACCGCCAGCCUCCUGGCCUCCAUUUCUAGAAUGGCCCAGGACCCCAGCUGUGUGUCCCCAGGAGGCACUGGGGGCCAGAAGGUGGCCCAGCUACCCGAGCUUGCCUCUGCUGAGAUGAGUCUCCAUGCCAUCUACCUGCACCAGCUCCACCAGCAGCAGCAGCAGGAACUGUGGGGCGAGGCCUCCGCCUCCCCCGUGGGCAGGCCCUGGUCCAGCCCCUCGCAGACACUCUCUCCUGAUGAGGAGAAGCCCUCCUGGUCGAGUGGUGGCUCCAGCCCUGCCUCCAGCCCCAGGCAGCAGUGGAGAACCCAGAGGACCCAGAGUCUCUUCCCCGGAGGCUUCCAGCAGACCGCAGAGGCUCCAAAGGAGCCGGGCCAGGCCCCUGGCACUGACUGAGGGGCCUCCUCGGGAUUCCCCAGCUUCUGCAGCCGCAGGAGAUCGGAAGAGGUGGAGUGGAAGCACAAGCCAAAUCCUUUUUAGGGGCCACCCCACAGCUGCUUUCCUUGGGCAGGAUUGGAGGGUUAAUGACAGACGAACUUGCCCCAGA